AUGGUUGGAGGUGGGAAUCGGAGGGACGAGGGAUCGUUUAAGAUGACUAAUAACAAUGUUUUUGCGGCGCUUGAUAAUUUGAGGAAGAAGAAGAAGUCAGAUAAGGAGAAGGGCUUAGGGAAGAGCAGUAAGAGCGGUUUGAAAACUGCAGCUGGGAAAUCGAAAGAACCUGAGGAGAGGCCGCAGGUUUACUGGGCUCCUGCGCCUUUGACAGUGAAGUCUUGGGCUGAUGUGGACGAUGAUGAUGAUUACUUUGCCACCACUGCCCCACCCCAGGCUGUAUGGGGAGGUUCGGAUUUGAAUCAAACUGAAAAAACUAUGCAACCAGAUCCCAUUGAGGAAAGUGAAAGUGAAGAUGAUCUUGAUGAAGCUGAUGAUGUGGAGGAGGAGCACGAGCAUGAACUGCAAGUGCAGGAAAAGCCCGAGCUAGUACCGAUAAAACCUCCAGAAGGUUCACGUGCACCUAAAGAGACAGAAAGGCAACUAUCUAAGAAGGAGAGAAAGAAAAAAGAGAUGGCCGAACUGGAGGCUAUUUUGGCUAAUUUUGCUGUUACCCCAAAUGAGAAGACCAUAGAUGAAUUGCCUGAUGCUACGAAAGAAAAGAAAGAGGGACAGUUGAAUGGUGAAACAGAGAAGAAAGAUAGCGUCCCUGCAGAAUCCAAAAAUGCAAAAAAGAAGAAAAAGAAGGAUAAAGCUUCAAAAGAGGUGAAGGAACCGCAGGAGCAACCGGGCAGCUCAAAUGUUUCUAAUGGACAAGAGGAAAAUGCUGGAACCGAACAGUUGGAAGAUGAUUCAUCAGCUGUUGACAUGAAAGAGCGGCUAAAGAAAGUGGCAUCUGCAAAGAAGAAGAAAUCUAGUAAAGAUGCUGCUGCAAGAGCUGCUUCUGUGGAGGCUGCUGCAAGGAGUGCGAAACUUGCUGCUGCUAAGAAGAAAGAGAAGAACCAUUACAACCAACAGCCAACACGUUAA